AUGCAGCACGCGGUAGCCCUGGCCCGCCGGAGAAGGUGGCCGGCAGCCCAGGGCGCUCCAAGCCAGCCUGCCUCGAGGGUCCCUGCCCUGGCUCGGGCGAAAGGGGCUUCUGGAGUCGGGAAGCCCCCUGCGCUGCCCCACGCCCCGGUGCCGGCUCAGGCUCUCUGCACAUGCACAGAUGGCUCUCGCCUUAAUUCCGACGGCUGUUCCGAGAUCGGGCGUUGGACACAGGAGAGGCGGAUCCGGACUAGUCCUGACUCCCUUCGGCAGAGCGGUCCUCUCAGCGUUUCCCCGGGAGUAGGUCCCACUGUACUGGGGACUGAGCUCCGCGGCUUUCGGUUCCGCUCCAUCGUAUACCCAUUUAAGCAGAAGCUGACUAUAUCGACAGCCGUGGUCAUCAUCGCUGUCAUCUGGGUUUUGGCUGUUGCCAUUAUGUGCCCGUCGGCAGUGAUGUUGAAGGUGGAGAAGGAGAAACAUUUCAGGGUGAUCCUCGGCGACGGCAACGAGACCAGCCCGAUCUAUUGGUGCCGGGAGGACUGGCCCAACCAGGACAUGAGAAAGAUCUACACUACCGUCCUCUUCGCCAACAUCUAUCUGGCCCCUCUUUCGCUCAUUGUCAUCAUGUACGCUCGGAUAGGGAUCACUCUCUUCAACACCGUGGUCCCUGCCACCGGGAAGCAGGGCCACGAACGCCACUCUGUUUACAAGAAGAAGCAGAAGGUGGUCAAGAUGCUCAUCAUCGUGGCCCUGCUUUUCAUCCUCUCAUGGCUGCCUCUGUGGACUUUGGCGAUGCUCUCGGACUACGCGCACCUGACCGAAGAACAGUUGCAAGUCAUCAAUAUCUACGUCUACCCUUUCGCUCACUGGCUGGCCUUCUUCAACAGCAGCAUGAACCCCAUCAUUUAUGGGUUCUUCAACGAGAACUUCCGGAGAGGUUUCCAGGCAGCCUUCAGGUUCCAGCUUUGCUCUGGGGACGGGAUGCUGAGGGAGAUCUAUUCUCAGCGGAGGCAAAGCAAUGCCGUUUUACCUGCUGCGGUUCUCCAACAAACGGACCAGAAUCCUACGUCAAGGCUGCCUCAGAAAGGAAACUGGAUGGACAAAACACAAGUGCUGAUGCUGGAAGAUCUAGAAAAGGCCGCAAAUAACAAUGGGAUGAAACAAGACUUGCUAUAAAUUACCUCAUCCUGCUCGUUCGGUGUCCCCCUUGACAAUUGUCUUGCUAUCCAAGCCCUACCUGGCAAAAAACAACAACUCUUUUAGGAUUUUGCUUGUCUUUUUUUUGUAUAAUAUUUGGUUGUUUGGAAAAUACACAACAGCCUGUUCCUGAAUCAGGAGAGAUUCUAUUGUAAUUAAGAAAUUUUUGGAUUUUCCCUCCACAGGAGCCUCAAAGUCUUACAUUUGGGUAGGUUCCGAAUCCUCCGAAGACGGUUAAUCUCAAAAAUUUAUAAUGUAAAUAAUAAAAAGCUUGAACAACCUGUU